CCCUCUCCCCACCCCCGGCCCCCUCCCCAGAUCCUCCAGCCAUGACCGUUCCGGCUUUCACUUCGUAAAGAUGGCGGUGUGGGGUCGCUGCAACCUUUAGACUCAUGACUGUCAGAAACAUCGCCUCCAUUUGUAAUAUGGGCACCAAUGCCUCUGCUCUGGAAAAAGAUAUUGGGCCAGAGCAAUUCCCGAUCAAUGAACACUACUUUGGACUGGUCAACUUCGGAAAUACUUGCUACUGUAACUCCGUCCUGCAGGCUCUGUACUUCUGCCGGCCGUUUCGGGAGAAUGUGUUGGCGUACAAGGCCCAGCAGAAAAAGAAGGAAAACCUCCUGACCUGCCUGGCAGAUCUUUUCCAUAGCAUUGCUACCCAGAAGAAGAAAGUUGGUGUGAUUCCACCCAAAAAGUUCAUCUCAAGGUUACGGAAGGAGAACGAUCUCUUUGACAACUACAUGCAGCAGGACGCCCAUGAAUUUUUGAACUACUUACUGAACACUGUAGCUGACAUUCUGCAGGAGGAGAAGAAGCAGGAGAAGCAAAACGGGAAGUUGAAAAAUGGCAACAUGAAUGAAAUGGAAGAGAACAACAAACAAGACGUCACCUGGGUGCACGAGAUUUUUCAGGGGACACUGACAAAUGAAACCAGAUGUUUGAACUGUGAAACGGUUAGUAGCAAAGAUGAAGAUUUUCUCGAUCUCUCUGUUGAUGUGGAACAGAACACGUCCAUUACUCACUGCUUAAGAGACUUCAGCAACACGGAAACCUUGUGCAGUGAACAGAAGUACUACUGUGAGAUGUGCUGCAGCAAACAGGAGGCACAAAAGCGGAUGAGGGUAAAAAAGUUGCCCAUGAUCCUUGCAUUACAUCUCAAGAGGUUUAAAUAUAUGGAGCAAUUGCAUCGCUAUACUAAACUCUCUUACCGUGUGGUAUUCCCCCUGGAGCUGCGCUUGUUCAACACAUCGGGAGACGCCAUAAAUUUGGACCGCAUGUAUGAUUUGGUGGCUGUUGUCGUUCACUGUGGCAGCGGGCCCAAUCGUGGACAUUAUAUUACCAUUGUGAAAAGUCAUGGAUUCUGGCUUUUGUUCGAUGAUGAUAUCGUAGAGAAAAUUGAUGCACAGGCUAUUGAAGAAUUCUAUGGUUUGACUUCUGAUAUAUCAAAAAAUUCAGAAUCUGGAUAUAUUUUAUUUUAUCAGUCAAGAGAGUAACUGCGCGCUGUGACACUUUUCCCUCCCAAGAUGAGAAACUUACCAGUACUGUUAACUGGCCUCUACGUAGACCUAUCCACUAUGA